UUCAUGGGGGCGCGGGGGCGAAGUCAGCCAUUCAAGGCUAUAGACAGGCCAAAGGAGAUAUUCGUAUCCUGCGUGUAUGGAUCUCCAGACCCCCGCCUGCAGGCUUCACCAGACCAUUCUACCUCCUCGCCGUGACUCGCUGACAAGCCCUCGCCUCAGAUGUCCGCGCAAGGCCAACAAAUCAAGCAGAACUUCCUCAACCAUCCUUACACCCAACAGGCCAACAAAUUCCUCUCGGGUCAAGUCAACUCACUCGAUGCUGAGUUAAACAAGUACCCCAUCAUGAGGGAUUUGGAAGCCAAGACCAAGGUUCCAAAGGCUUACGGUGUCUUGUCUCUUGGUGCAUCUGCCGUCGUCCUCAUCUUCUUCAACAUGUUUGGCUUGGCUCAACCCGUUUCAAACUUGAUUGGAUGGGCUCUCCCCGCCUAUCUCUCGGUUCAGGCUAUUGAGAGCCCCAGCACCAACGAUGACAAGCAAUGGCUCACUUACUGGACCGUCUUUGGAUCCCUCAACCUCGCUGAAUCUAUGGGUCUCCGAGCUAUCCUUUACUGGAUCCCAAUGUGGUUCGUUUUCAAGACUUUGUUCACCAUCUGGCUCAUGCUCCCCGCUACUCGAGGUGCCGAGAUCCUCUACACCAACGUUCUCCGACCCAUCGUCGGCAACGUCAAGACUCGGACUCAAGGCAGCAGCAACCCUUUCAACAAGCCUGCUGAGGGAUUCAACAUGGCCGGAACUACUGCUCCUUCGAGCUUUGAGCGUGAGUUCAGCUGACAGCGAAAAAAUACAGCUCCCAGCUGACACAAGCUUUACAGACGAAAAGACUCUUUAAGCGUUCAGAUGCGAUUUGAAUCCUUGAUGACCGCAAGACAUGACCUUAUUCUUUCUACGAAAUCUUUGCCUCUCUCACUAUUCUCGGCACUCCCCGUGUCUAAAAUUCUCAUACACACGAUCAUUCUUAUCACAUACCCUUCCCCACCCGAAAUCGCUUUACUUUGACGGAUGGAUAAUGACAGACGGAGCGGCAGGACGGCAGCAGCGAGCACAGUCGGCGGUG